AUGCUCUGUGGCCGUGCCACGUCAUUCGCCACAGUCAGUACGCACGACGAAUCGUUCUCGUUGGUUGCGUCGUCGCGUCUGGCGAAACUCGAAAAGGUCGAGCAAUACUUGCAAGCAGAACAAAGGCGGCUGCAGUCGCAGUGUGUUUGGACUUUUCACGAUACCCCCGUGAGUGCACGACUGCCCAUUCAAUUCGUGGUGGUCGCGGUCCACUCCAUCUUGGACAAGGCCAUUGCCGACAGCGUGAUGGCAUGGCGUGCCCAUCGGAACGCCCAGUGCGUACUACCUCAAACCCUCGCGACUGCUAUCGCCCACACUACCCAGCAUCUCGAACAUUGCACCCACGUCCACCGCAUCAACUUGACACUAAAAUUGCCUAACCGACCCCACCACCGCCUGCAUGCUCUCUUGACCACUCAAUCCAAUCUCCAACAACUGCAUCUGCAAGCCACGGAAUAUCGCGAGCGGUUUGCUAUGAGCAAAGAAGAAGAACUGCAACGAACAUUAUAUCAAUGGACGAUGGCUGUCGAACGCAAGGCGGACUACACCAAGUACGUCGACUUGGCACUUCAGUUUCAGCCCCUCUCGGAAGUGGAUUUCAACGCCACUGCGUGGCCUGGACAUGUGUACGAGUUGCGCCUUCGAGCAGGGUGUCAUCACGUCGAGCGAUUUUACAGGCUCCAUGGACCCCGUCGGCAGGCAAAGAAGUUUUCUGCCGCUCGUCGGAUUCAGGCCACGAUGAGGGGUGCCAAGGCAAGACGAGUGUAUCAACCGGCAAUGGCAUUUCGAAGACGUAUGUGGCACAAACUGAUGCGCGUGACGUUCUUGGCGUGGCGAGGCUGGGCCAAGAAGGCUACGAAAGCCAAGCGAAUUCUGCGCACAGCGCUGGCCUCGCGUCAAGCCACCAGCUUUGGCCGAUGGGUCGAGUUUAUCCGCAUUGCCCGUGCUGAAAAGGAACGUAAAGUACGAGGCGCGUUGACGCACCUGCUGCACAACCGAACCGAAACGGUGCUUCGUCGGUGGCGAGGACACACGUAUCGCAUGAAAAAUGUCCACCGAAUGUCCGCGCGCGCCGUGACCAUCAAUCGGGGGUACUACUUUCAUGCGUGGCGCACUGGCGUGCAAGCUGCAGUCUUCGGGCGCCUGCAGAUGCUCAGUGCCAUCCACUUGCAAGCAACCUGGCGACGCGUCCUCGCAACCCGUCAAACCCAACACAGACGUACAACAUACGCCAAGGCUGCAGUCCAAAUCCAAGCAGUCGUGCGCGGCAGUCAGCGGCGACGGCAGCCCUUGCCAUCGAAAUCGCUGGACGAGCGCCGCCGGUCGGCGUUCCUUGUGUAUGCGCAAUCAUUGAAUCAUGACGUGGCAGUCGCGUGUGAGACUCGACGACAACAAGCUGAAGACAACGUUGUGAAAGUCGCCGAAUUGGCUGCUGUGGCAGCGCUCAAGGUGGUCCAGUCAUCCAAAGAAGGCACGUUGGAAUUGACCAAACUGGCAGCGGCGGAACGAGCCCUGCAUGUCAUCGGCACCCACGCGGUAUUCCUUCGAACGUACGGCAUGACCAAGGCGGAGGCAUUCGCGGUUGUGGCCCAGCGUCAAGUGGAUGAAGCGUUGGCGAACGCCCAAGUACUCGCGCGCCAUACGUUUCGACUGCUGCGGCCACCACCGUUUGCGUGUAUGCAUCCUGAUCACAGGGGCGCCGCCAGCUUUGCAUCUCUGGAGGACUAUGUUGGCCAUGCGACUUGUUCAUUGACGACUACACAAAUCCAGCUGCAUGUUCAGCUCUGUGAAAAGGGCAUUUCGGGGACUUCAGACUCGUUGAAGGUGGCACUCCGACUGUGGAAUGUGGGCCAACGGGUGUUGGACAUGACAAACUCAACGGAAUCUGUUGCAGAAGUAGCGAUGGACGUGAUAACAAUGCCUCAGCUGCCACUGCCGCUGCCUGCAUCAAGCGCUCACGAAUGGAAGUUGGUGGACCAGGCGUUGACCGCGCUCAAGAAAUGGUUUCACCUGGCAACACUGCCAUCCUCGACACUGCAUUCAACUGACUAUACCCCCACUCUUGAACGCAUUCGACUUGCCACAGACUUGCGAUGGCAAGUGUUUCGUUGGCUCGUAUCGGUAGUCCCUCCUCCUUCCACAACCUCGCAGUCCGACGAUCUCGACAAGUUGGUCAUGCGGCAUCUGCAUCACUACGACGAGGCCAACAAGGCGUUCUACACCCGAUGGGCUGAGUUAGAACAAAAGAAACUACUUGGGCAUUUCCAAAGGGAUGCGUCAGGAAUGUUGCAGGCAGUGGGGACCCUAGCCCGUAAUGCUGUUGUAUGGAAACGACGGGAAGCAGUGCAUGGCCUACACCAGCGAGCCUCUCUCGGGUACUUUCAUCUUGUGCGAGAAAGGGCCACUGUACAUCUUGUGAAGCGAUUUCAUGCGAGGAAUGGACUCUGGAGUGCGGCUACUCAAGCCAUCGAAGCCCUGCGAGCUCGACGCAUGGCACUCACGGAGCUUCAAUCAAGAUACGACCAUGCCGCUGCACGGGUGGACGUGGCAGCGUGGCUUGGUGUCUGUCCGUCUAUUUCACUCAUCGUCAGCGGUAUCGAUCAACGCGCAGCGUGGAACCUGCGGCGGCAGGUUGCUGGCGCCUUCUUGCUUGACAUCGCAACUCGAGCUCAGCAAGUUCAAGUUCCGGAUAAUUAGUCAAUUUUAUCCGAAAAUCCCGUG